UCCACUCAAACCCUCUUCUUAGGCUUUCGAACCCUUCCAAACAUCUAACCCUCAAUAAAGCACCUCUAAAUUCUUGGCUAUUACCCAGCUCCCUUAACGACACACGCCCGCAAAGAUGUCGGUCGACCUCAUAGAAACCGAAACCGCCAAAGCCUUCUCCCACACGACCCCCCUCUUCAACGUCGCCGACAAAGUCAUCGCCAUAACCGGCGGCGCCUCAGGCAUCGGCCUCGCAACCGCCACCCUCCUCGCCGCCCAAGGCGCCAAAGUCGCCAUCAUGGACCUCAACAAAACCCACCUCGAGACCGCCGCCGCCACCAUCAAAGCCGCCGGCGGCACCGUCAUGGCCACCGUCGUCAACGUGCGCGACGCCGCCCAAGUCGACGCCUGGAUCGCCGACGUCGUCGCGACCUUUGGGAAACUCGACGGCGCUGCCAAUCUCGCGGGCGUGAUCCCCAAGAGCAUCAACAUCGACCGCGUGGAAGACUUGAAGGACGAGGACUGGAAGUUCGUCUUGGAUGUCAACAUCACGGGCGUGAUGCACUGCCUGCGCGCGCAGAUCCGCGAGAUGAAGAAGAAGGGGAGCAUCGUGAAUGCGGCGAGUAUUGCGGGGCUGGGCGGGUUUGCGAAGAACGCGGCGUACACGGUGAGCAAGCAUGGGGUGAUUGGGUUGACGAAGUCGGCGGCGAAGGAAGUGGCGGAUCGGGGGAUUAGGGUGAAUUGUAUUGCGCCGUAAGUUU